AUGCUCUUGUUUAUGGAGGAGCGUUUCGCGAACAAGCCUUUCCCGAAGGGCUUCCACCUUAAGAAGGUCUCCAAAAUGCUCGAAGACAAGAAUUUCUCUGAAGCUGGCCUCGAGGUGCUGGUUGAAGCCAUCAAGAACAUUCUUGGUGGCAAGAUCGGUCCUGCUAAGAAGAAGCUCAACACGAAUCUCAAACUCAAUUGA